UAAAAAUCAAUAGGAAAUGACAUAGUUCUCUUUCGUUAUUGUUCAGUAAGUAUAUGUACUUCAUAUUUAUUUUUAUUUUCCUUAGAAAAUUAAAAAUAAUAUGACAGAAACUGCAGUAGACUAAGUGUGGUGAUUGGACCUGCAGUACUUAUCGAAAAAUGGGGUUGUUGUCGAUGCUGAAGCGGUUACGAUCGUCGCCGGACAAGGAGCUUCGCAUCCUGCUACUAGGUCUGGACAACGCGGGAAAGACGACGUUGAUGAAGAAACUCGCGUCCGAGGACGUUUCGCACAUAACGCCUACGCAGGGUUUCAACAUUAAAUCCGUUCAGGCGGAUGGCAUGAAACUGAACGUGUGGGACAUUGGUGGACAGCGCAAGAUAAGACCGUAUUGGCGUAAUUAUUUCGAAUUCACCGAUAUAUUGAUUUACGUAGUGGACAGCGCAGACAGAAAACGCGUGGACGAAACCGGAUUCGAAUUGAACGAACUGCUCAACGACGAAAAAUUAGCCGGUGUACCAGUGUUGGUAUACGCCAACAAACAAGAUUUGGCGCUGGCGGCAAAAGCUUCGGAAAUAGCGCAAGAACUUAACUUGCAUCUAAUUCGCGAUCGGCCGUGGCAAAUACAGGCUUGUUCAGGUAUACGCGGAGAAGGCAUUAAAGAAGGAUUGGAAUGGAUCAGUCAAAAUGUAAAAAAGAAGUAAUAAUGUUAAUUUAUUGAAUAUUUUUCAUAUUAAUUUCUUAUAGUUUGUUUCAAAGGUUUA